ACUGAGGCUCAUUUAAAGUACAACCGGUGCUCGUCUAAGUUGUUCUCGCCCAGCAAAUAAUUGUGGGACAAGCGUCGAAUUCAGAACAAAGAACUUUAAGUGCAGUGGAAAAAGCAAGAAAAAAAAAAUAAUAAACUACUCUGAAUUUGGUGAUUUACUAAACAAAAGCAAAAGUGCAAAAAAAAAAAAAAGAAGAUAAUUUCAAGAAAAUAGUGUGAAUUGCAAAAAAAUAGUGUUUUAGAAAAAAAAAAAACAAAACCCAUAGACGACAACAAGCCAACAACAAAAAUGGAAGCUGACAACAAAAAGCCUUUUAAAGUCAAGGACAUAACCCGCAACAUUAAAAAGGCCGUUGUCGCCGCCUCUCUGGAAGAGAUUCGUGCCAAAGUAGCGGAGAAAUUUGACAAAGCCGAUCAGUUGGUCACCAUCCACCUGGACUCGGAUGGUACAGAAAUCGACGAUGAGGAGUAUUUCCGCACCCUGGAGGCCAAUACUGAAUUGAUUGCCGUAUUUCCGGGAGAGCAUUGGAUUGAUCCCUCUCACUAUGUCACCAUCACGACGCCGCAUGAUCAGACGGAUGCCGCCGAUAAGGCUGAGAAAACGGCACGCAUCAAACAAUUGGUUGGCCAGCUACAAAAUAAUCUUUGCAAUGUCUCGGUGAUGAGUGAUCCCGACUUGGAUUCCCUAUCCAACAUGGAUCCCAACUCCUUGGUGGACAUAACUGGCAAAGAUUUCAUGGAGCAGCUAAAGGAUUCAGGCAGACCAUUGUGUGCAAAGCGAAACGCUGAGGACCGAAUUAACUUGUUAAAGCUCUUGAAGGAGGGCGCCAUCUUUUGCUCCGAACGUUAUCCAGAGGAUGCUGAGGCCAUUGAUGCGGAAAUCCGUCGGCAAUUGAAUGAUGAAUUGCACAAUAAUCACAACAACAGCAUGACAAUCGAACAGCAGCAACAGCAACAACAGGUACAAAAGGAUACAAAGAACACAACACAUACAACAACAACAAAUCGCAAAACUAAUACAACAACCACGAAACAAAAUCAGGAACAAACAAUAACUAUUGUGGUAACCGAUACAAAUCUAAAGAACGACAACAUUACAACUACAACAGCAACAACUACAGGAAACAACAAAACUCACGACAUAUGACUACCGAUUUUCGCCAGUAUCACCUGAAAUCUAGAGAAUAAUAGCUGUAAGGAUAAGGGUUAAGCGGAUGAAAUGUUGAAGUAGAAUAAGCAAAAUGUGUUUUUAUUUAAAUUUGAAAAAAAAUAUUGAAGAUUGAAUUCAAGGACUACGGAUAUUGCCAAGCAUAACAAAGGGGAGUGCAAACGGGCAGUGUACUACCAAAAGCUGUAGGAAAAUGGUAGGGAACUAUGAUUUUUGCUAUUGAAUGCUCAUUUCAUGUGUUAAAAAAAAGGCCUAGGUCACCUCUGGUUUAAUUGCGGAAAUGAAAAAAAAAAUUAAUUAAGGAUACGUUUUUUAUUAACAAACUGAGAAAAAAAAAUUAAAUUGCAUUUAUGUCCUGUCUUUUUUUCUCUGUCUCACUGAAAUUAAUUAAAUCGGAGCACUUCAAAUGUCAAUAAUAAAUGUGUUUUUUUUUGGGUGUACAACAAGUGUAUUGCUUUAGAUUUAGACACUGCAACAACAACAACAAUAGUAUUAAUAAUAACAACAACAACAAAUUGCUAAUUCCCAAAAACCACAAAACCAACAACAACACCACUGCGCAACAAAAACAACAACAAACCAACAUCACUCCGAAUGGUAAAUCCAUGUUAGACAGGUCGUAAUGGAAAUUGGUCUUGAUUCCAACAAAAACAACAACAACAACGACAAAAAGAUCCUAAAUUUUAAAAUUGAAAUGAAUUCCAAUUAAACAUUUUUACGGUUUUGAUUUCAGCAGACCUAUUUAAUUAGUAAAACAUUUGCAAAAAACAAACAAGAGAGCCGUUGAAGAAGAAGAGGAGGAAGAAAAACACACGCACACACACAUAGGUUGGCUAGCUACACCAUUUCCGGAAAAAGGGGGAUUUUUGAAAUUAAAAAAACAACAACAAAUUUAUUUUUAUUUUUUUUUACGGUGGAGUAGAUGACCCCAGUGGCAAUUUAAAAUGGAGUAGAUGACCCCAGUGGACAUCUACGAUAGAGUAGAUGAACCCAGUGGCCAUCUACGAUAAAGUAGAUGUCUCCAGUGGCCAUCUACGAUUGAGUAGAUGACCCCAGUGAACAUCUACGACAGAGUAGAUGACCCCAGUGGACAUCUACGACAGAGUAGAUGACCCCAGUGGACAUCUACGACAGAGUAGAUGACCCCAGUGGCCAUCUACGGCGGAGCAGAUGACCACAGUGGCCAUCUACGAUGGAUUAGAUAACCCCAGUGGACAUCUACGACAGAGUAGAUGGCCCCAGUGGACAUCUACGAUAGAGUAGAUGAACCCAGUGGACAUCUACGACAGAGUAGAUGUCCCCAGUGGACAUCUACGACAGAGUAGAUGAACCCAGUGGACAUCUACGAUAAAGUAGAUGUCACCAGUGGCCAUCUACGAUAGAGUAGAAGGCCCCAGUGGCCAUCUACGCCAGAGUAGAUGUCCCCAGAUGCCAUCUACGAUAAAGUAGAUGUCACCAGUGGCCAUCUACGAUAGAGUAGAAGGCCCCAGUGGCCAUCUACGCCAAAGUAGAUGUCCCCAGUGGUCAUCUACGACGGAGUAGAUGUCCCAGUGGGCAUCUACGCUAGAGUAGAUGUCUCCAGUGGCCAUCUACGCCAAAGUAGAUGUCCCCAGUGAUCAUCUACGCGAAAGCAAAUGUCCCCAGUGACCAUCUACGAUAGAGUAGAUGUUCCCAGUGGCCAUCUACGCCAGAGUAGAUGUCCCCAGUGGCCAUCUAUGUUAAAGUAGAUAACUCCUGUGAACAUCUACAAUAGAGUAGAAGUGACCCCAGUGGCAAUCUAUAAUAGAGUAGAAGUCCUCAGUGGUCAUCUACAAUAGAAUAGAUGUCUCCAGAUGCCAUCUUCGAUAGAGUAGAUGUCCCCAGUUGCCAUCUAAGAUAGAGUAGGUCGCCCCAGUGGCCAUCUACGUUAGAGUAGGUGGCCCCAAUGGUCAUCUACGCUAAAGUAGAUGUACCCAGUGGCCAUCUACGCCAGAGUAGAUGUCCCCAGUGACCAUCUACGAUAAAGUAGAUGUACCCAGUGGCCAUCUACACUAAAGUAGAUGUACCCAAUGGUCAUCUACGCUAAAGUAGAUGUACCCAAUGGUCAUCUACAUCAGAGUAGAUGUCACCAUUGACCAUCUACGCUAAAGUAGAUGUACCCAGUGACCAUCUACGCCAAAGUAGAUGUCCCCAGUGAUCAUCUACGCUAAAGCAAAUGUCCCCAGUGACCAUCUAAGCUAGAGUAGAUGACCCCAGUGGCCAAUUACAAAAGAGUAUAUGGUACUAGUGACCAUCUACGAUAGAGUAGAUGUCCCCAAUGGUCAUCUACGCCAGAGUAGAUGUCCCCAGUGGCCAUCUACGCCAGAGUAGAUGUCCCCAGUUACCCUCUACGCUAAAGUAGAUGUCCCCAGUGGCCAUCUACGCCAGAGUAGAUGUCCCCAGUGACCAUCUACGCUAAAGUAGAUGUACCCAGUGGUCGUUUUCGAUAGAGUAGAUGUCCCCAGUGGCCAUCUACGCUUGAGAAGAUGCUCUCAGUGUUCAUCUACGCUAGAAUAGAUGUCCUCAGUUUUCAUUUACGCUAGAAUAGAGUCCUCAGUGACUAUCAAAUCUAGAGUAGAUCCCCCUAUUGGCCAUCUACCCUAGAGUAGAUGCCCUCAAUGGCCAUCUACAAUGGAGUAGAUGACCCCAGUGGCCACCUACGACGUAGUAGAUGAUCUCAGUGUCCUUCUACAAAAGAGUAGGUGAUCCCAAUGGUCCUCUAGAGGGUAAAGAUGACAUAAUUUUUGAAUUUCGAAAAUGGUGUAGUUAGGUCCUACCUAGGUAUAUAAUAUAUAUAUAUAUAUGGAAAUGUAUGGUUAACGUACUAUUUAAGGUUACAACUAAAACGAAAAAUUAAUAAAAAAUUGAGGAAAAACAUGAAUUUGAAUGAAUUUAAAAGAAAAAUCUAAUUUUAUUGCCAAGUUUUACAAAGCGAAAAAAUGCCGAGAAAAAAAAAGGAAGCGAAUUAAAUCACUACAUACAUAUAAACAACUAUAUACUAAACUCUCAAUAGCAUACAGACAUACUUGCAUUAAUAUUAUCAGACAUUUGAAAAAUUUUACAAAGCUCUCGCCAAACCGUAGCAUCAUUAGAUCGAAACUCAAACUCAACAUCAUCCCCUUUAAGACGGAAGAAUGAAGAGGUUAAUUAAGCUAAGAAUUAUUUAAAAAUUAAGAUAACUGUAAACGAUGGUUAACGUAUUGUUAUAGAAAGCAUACCAAGACAUACAAACAUUCUAACACACAAACAUGCAUAGAGUCUCAAUAGGACCCAAAUAACAAUUAAUACAAUUUAAUAAUAAUAAUACAACAGGAAACUACUAUACACUUUCAAACACCAUCCAUAUAUAUAUGAAAAACAAAAACAAAUAAUUAAUAAUAAAAAAAUACUAAAAAUAUUAAUUAGAAAAAGAAAGGAAAUGGUAACCACUUCUAUUUACCGAGAAUUACCAACAACAAAAAAGCAGCAGCAAUUCGUAUUAAAUACAGACAUACAUACAAACAUAACAUCACAUAUACAUUUAUAAUAGCCCCUAAAAGUAUACAAUAGAACAAUGAACAUGAACUUAUAUAGAUUAAUUAUAUCUGGAGUAAUUAAGACAACUUCGUACGGACAAAACAUAAACAGAACAAAGUAAAUAAUACUCUAACUGCAAUAAAUAAAUAUAUUCUACAUCUUUAUUACUUGAAUCAGAGAGGAAAAGUUGAAGAGAGAGAGAGAGGGAGUUUGAUGUUGGAAAUCCCCUUUUUGUCACCAUGACACCACCUCCAAUCCCUCCUCCUUCUACUCCCCCUCAAAAAGUAAAGAAAUAUAUAUUAUAGCUAUAGUGCAUAUUUAUACCAACUAACUUAAUCCAUCAUACAUCCCGAACAUCCAAACACCCAUACAUACAUAUUUAUACGUAUAAGUGUGUGAAGAAUCACAAAAACCCCAAUACAAUGAAAUACUCUAGAAAUUUAUUCAAAAAAAUACUCUUUAAGAAGACAAGAAAAAAGAAGAAGAACAAAAAUUUAGAUGCUAACUAAAAACGUAGAAGCUUCAAAGCGCAAAACAAAUCUUUGGCUUAAGGAUAGAGCAAAUUAUCAUCUUUGUCCCUUUUCUAAGUUUCGUUAAAAAUUUUGUUUUUUUUAAAAAUUGCUAUUAUUUUUUUUAAAUUUUAGAGAACUGGAAAAUUCUGGUCGCCCUCGAAGAGAAAAUGAGAAUGAGGUCUGAUAUCUAAGGGAAGAAUAUAAAAGAAUAUGCAACAUAAAACGAAAAACCUUAAAGAGAUACCUAUCUAUAGCAUUGAGGUAGUCAGGAUAGUCCCACACCCCCAUUUUGACCACCUCAAAUUGAAAACAUCGUUGAUAUAUACAAUGUCAAAAAAUUAGACCUAUGGUAAGAAGGCCCCUUGAAUGUUAGACCAUGAAAGAGGGGCUAUAAGGAGAGAUUACUUUAAAGACAUUUAUAUAGGAAAGAUCUUCUCCUUUCUAGGAUCUCCUUUCAAUAUAGUACCUCUUAAGGGAAGGCUGUUCCGCAUACUCCCAAAGAGACUCUGUCAUAAAGACCCCUUUAAGUGUAUUCUCUCAGUAGCUGGCUAUCAAAAGGACAAUCUUUCUUUUGAUGAAACAAGAAUUUUAGAAGGUAUCUCUAUCGUAGAAGGCCACAGGAGUCACCGACACCAACAUGGAUGACCUCUGAAAUCAUCUAAUCCAACGUAGAUGCCCACUUAUCUUAUCUACUCUAUAUUAGAUGGCCACUGUGGACAGCAAAACUUUCGUAGAUGCCUAUUUGUGUUAUCUAUACUAUCGUAGAUGUUCCAUAGAGCCAUAAAUGUUAUAGUAGAUGGAACCUGGAAUUAUCUACGUCAUAGUGGAUGCCUACUAAGGUCAUCUACUUUAAAGUAGGUGUCUCCAGGGGCCAAAUGUUGUGCAUAAAGUUUAUAUACCCUGACGGAAAUGAUUUCUAAAGUCAUUUACGCUAUCGCAUAUGACCACUGGGGUCAUUUGGGAUCUACUACGCUAUCAUGGAUGUCUACUAAGGUCCUCUUCUUGAAGGUAGGUGUCUCCUAGGGUCAAAUUCUGUCCAGAAAGGUAAUAUAUCCUAACGUAGAGGACCCCUGAAAUUUUCCACUCUAUCGUAGAUGACUAUCUAUUCUAACGUAGAUGACCUUUUCAAUGAUUUACUCUGUCGUAGAUGUCGACUAAGACCAUCUACUCUAUCGUAGAUGCCAAUAUAGGUUAUCUAUUCUUCCGUAGAUGACAAGUGGGGAGAUCUACUCUAUCGUAAACGUCCGGGUCUACUACUCGGGUAUCUAAUCUAUCGAGUCUCGGGUAUCUACUCUAUUGAGUGGAUGACACUGGGGUCAUCUCUAUCGUAGAUGGUCAUUAGUGUCAUUUUUUCUAUCGUAGAUGACAUCGUAGACGGUCAGUGGGUUCAGCUACUUUAUCGCACAUAGUCGACGGGGCCUUCUUCUAACGUAGAUGUCUCCUGGAGCCAUCUAACAAAUCGUAGAUGGUCACUUGGGUCAGCUACUUUAUCGUAUGUGGCCUCUGGGACCUUCUAAAAAAACCACUGGAAUCAUCUACUAUUGUAGAUGGCUUCCAGGGUCAUCUACACUAUUGCAGAUGACCGCUGGUGCCAUCUAUUUUUCGUAGAUGGCCACUGGGGUCAUCUACUUUUCCGUAGGUGGCCACUGGGGUCAUCUACUUUUUCGUAGAUGCAUGCUGGGGUCAUCUACGUUUUCUAAGAUAACCACUGGGGUCAUCUGCGCUAUCGUGGAUGUCCACUAAGGUCAUAGAUGCCCACUUAGACCAUCUACGAUACUGAAAAUGGCCACUGGCGUGACAUAUCCUUUCGUAAAUCACCACUUGGUUCAUCUACGUUAUAGUAGAUGGCCCCUGGGCACAUCCUCACUACUGUAGAUGUUCACCAAGGUUAUCUAACCUUACGUAGCGUGGUCACCUACCACUUGGCUCAUCUACGGUAUUGUAGAUGGCCAGUAAGUUCAUUUUCGCUAUCGUAGAUGGCUACCUAGGUCAUAUACUUCGCCAUAGAUGGCCUCUAGAGUCAUCCACGCUACCGUAGAUUUUUACUAAGGUUGUCUACCCUCAGCGCGGUCACCUACCACUCGGCUCAUCUACGAUAUUGUAGAUGGCUACUAUGGUCAUCUACAGUAUUGUAGAUGGCCACUAAGGUAAUCUAUGGUAUUGUAGAUGGCCACUAAGGUUUUCUUCGUUUUCGUAGAUGGCCACUUAGGUCAUCUACUCCGUAAAAGAUGGCUUCUGAAAUCAUCCGUGCUAUCCUAGAUUUUUACUACGGUUGUCUACCAUUACGUAGCGGGAUCAUCUACCACUCGGCUCAUCUACGAUAUUGUAGAUGGCUACUAUGGUCAUUUACGGUAUUGUAGAUGGCUACUAUGGUCAUCUACGGUAUUGUAAAUGGCCACUAAGGUUUUCUUCGUUAUCGUAGAUGGCCACUUAGGUCAUCUACUUCGUAAAAGAUGGCUUCUGAAAUCAUCCGUCUAUUUUAAGUAUCGGACCUCUGAAGACUUCUACAGCAUCGUAGAUGGCCGCUAAGUUCAUGUAAUCUAUCUUAGAGUGCCGUCGGGGUCACCUUCUCUUCAGAAAAUGGCCGUUUGGUUCAUCUACGGUAUCGUAGAUGGCCACUAAGGUCAUAUCUGGUAUUGUAUAUGGCCAGUGAGGUCAUCUUCGCUAUCGUAGAUUGUCACAUAUGUCAUCUACCCCGCCAUAUAUGACCACUGGAAUCAUCCGUGCUACCAUAGAUGUUUAUAAAGGUUGUCUACCCUAACGUAGCUGACCUCUAGAGACUUCUACAAUAUCGUAGAUGUCCGCUAAGUUGAUCGACUCUAUUUUAGAAUGCCGUCGGGUCACCUUCUGUACAGUAAAUGGCCGCUUGGUUAUUUACGGUAUCGUAGAUGGCCACUAAGGUCAUCUCCGGUAUUGUAUAUGGCCAGCGAGGUCAUCUUCGCUAUCGUAGAUUGCCACUUAUGUCAUUUUCCCCGCCAUAUAUGACCACUGGAAUCAUCCGUGCUACCAUAGCUGUUUAUAAAGGUUGUCUACCCUAACGUAGCUAACAUCUAGAUACUUCUACAAUAUCGUAGAUGUCCGCUAAGUUGAUAUACUCUAUUUUAGAAUGCCGUCGGGGUCACCUUCUCUUCAGUAAAUUACCUGUUGGUUCAUCUACAGUAUCGAAGAUGGUCACUAAGGUCAUCGGUGGUCAUCCAUUCCGAAGUAGAUGGCUACUGGCAUCAUCUAUCCUAUCAGUGAUGUCUACUUUUGCCAUUUACUCUAUCGUGUUUGACUAUUGCAUCAUCUGCUCUAUCGCUGAUGUCCACUGGGGUAAUAUAAUCUGUCGUAGAUGACUUCUGUAGUCAUAUACUCCAUCGUAGAUGUUCGUAAAGGUCAUUUACUCUUUCGAUGGGAUCAUCAAUUUAAUCGUAGACGACCCAUACACUAUCGUACAUGUCCACUUGUGUGUCUUCCACUGAUGUGUAGAUGGUCUCCAUUUGUGUCUUUUACUGAUGUGUAGAUGGUCUCAUAUCGUCGUAGAUGACAUCGUAGAUGUCACUUGGUCCAUCUACUUUACAAAUAGGAUCCUCUAUAUUGUCGGACCGUUUUCCUUAAUAUAUCCGUUAAGGGUCGUAGGGCGACUAAAUAAAUUACUGAGGGAUUUUUCGAAGUAUUUACUAUUCCAAAAAAUCUAUAAUUUCAAUUUUCUUAAAAAAAAAUAGAUUCUGAAUUGAAAAAAAUUGGAAAUUGCUUCAAACGGGAAUGAAAAUAAUAAUUAAAAAAUCUGAGCUUCCCUAUUUCCAAAAGAAGUAAUAAAAGAAUGGAAAACUAAAAAACUAAUUGGCAAACAUUUUGCCUACCUUCCUAUUCGAUUUUUAAUUAAUUUAAUGGACUUUUUGUUUUGAAUAUUUAAUUUGAAAAAAAAAAAAAAAUAAAAAAAAUCCUAAGACUGACAAUUAAAUUGAUUUUACAUAACAAGAAAAACAAGCAGAAAAUGGAAAAACUCGAACUCGAAAUGGAUAUGUAUUAUUUUAAUUAAGAAAAAAAUAGCAACAAAUAAUUGGCAAUUGUGAAAAAUUUACAAAAAAAAAAAAAAAAAAAAAAAAAAAUGGAGAAGAAUAAAAAAAAAAAUAUUUAGAGCAUGUGUGUGUUGAAUCAAUAUUAUUGAAAUUAUUGCCCGUUUGCCUAAAUUACCAGCCGAGUAGAUAAUGCAAAUUCUAAAAACCAUAAAAAACAACCAACCAAACCUAGAGAAAAAAUAUAUAUGGAAAUAAUUUUAUUUAAUUAAUUUACUGCCAAACAAAAAUAAAUAUUAAAAAAAAACAGAAAAAAAUUUUACACAAUUUUGCCAAGGUUUUAAUUACAAUUAAUUAGAAAUAAAAAAGAUAAACUUCCCCAGCUUAACAACAACAACAAAAAAUAAUAACAAUGGAUUAUGCAUGCAGAAAUUAAAUUAAAAAAAAAAAAUUAAAAACAAAAAACUUGAAAUAACAAUAAAUAAUUAUUGACAUCAGUGUCAACAAACCAUCGAGACCAAUUAUGAUAAAUAAAAAAAAUAACAAACACACAUGUAUUUUUUUUUAAAUUUCAUUUUUAAUUAAACACAAUUACGUAUUACUUAAAUGGUAAUUUGAAAAAGCAAAAAAAAAACACACAUUGAAAAUUUUUAGCUAAAAUUGAAAUUUAACACACACACCCACACAAAAUGUUUUUAAAUGUUAGGUAUUAAAAUAAAAAUCAUAUGUUUUUUGAUAUAUAAAAAAAUUGAAAAAAAAAAUAAAAAUAAUAAUUAAAUUAAAAAACAAGCAAACAAACUCUUGAAAAUCAACAGCAACUACGUAAAUGUGUGGUAGUCACAAUAAUAAUAAUGAAAAAAAAAAAAAAAAAACAAAUACUUGUAACUCACACUAAAAAGCAUGCACAUUCCACCACGCCCCAUUAUCACACACAGAUCCUCGCCCCCACACUCACACCCACACACCAGCAGAGAAAUUGUCAAACAAUUUCAAAAACAAAAAUAAUUCACUUCAAAUUUUUGCAAAUUAAUUUUGUUUCACUUGAAGAAGAAAAAACAACAACAACAAAAUUUGCAAAAACAACAAUAAAAAGCAACAACAACAAUCGAAUUAAUUCAAUUCCUAAAAUAAAUCAUUCAAAUGUUGCCGAAAAUGGGUGUUAGAGCAUAACCCACACUUCUCACCCAUACACUCAUACCGACGCAGCCAACUUGUGUGUAGCUGCUGCAUCAUACCCAUACAUCCAUCCACUCAUUAUUUUAAUCUCGAUGUUAAUGAAACGUCAAAAAUACCACCCUCACCACCACCACCACCACUACUACCAGCAAGACCCUUCGCUCAAAAAAGGAAAAUCUAUAGAAAACAACAACAACAAA